CGGUUUUGCAAUGGCAGGAAUGUGCAGACAAAUGCUUCGGGCGUGUACGCUUGAUAAAACUCGUGAACAAGAAGAGGCAUCGCGGCCGAGAGGGCCUCCGGACAUACCUUCAGUCUCAGCCUCGCCUUGGGCAAAAGACUUUUGGCGUCCCCAGUCGCUCACAGGCCCUGGCAUCAGCAAUUUGCGGCAAUGACCUUCCCAGAUCCUACUCAGACACGCCAGAAGAAUGUCUUCGUCCUUUGCUUUGACGUCGUCAUUUCCCUUAAAUGUUCGAGACUACUGCUGACAUUGUUGUAGGGCACCGGGAACAUGUUCAGCGGCACCGAUGCCGACAGCAAUAUCUUGAAGCUAUAUCGCAUGCUUGAUCGGAGUGAUGCUACCAUGUACACCUUCUACCAACCUGGUAUUGGAACCUACAUCGCGACUCAUUCAAUACAAACAACGUCCCUGCCCGGUCGAAUUCGCUCUUGGUGCCUCAAAGCCAAAGACUCGGCUGUCGGCUCCUCCUUCGCGGACCAUGUCAUGGGUGGAUAUAAAUUCCUGAUGCGAUACUACAGCUGUGAAGAUGACCUAUACUUCUUUGGCUUCAGUCGUGGAGCAUACACUGCUCGUUUCCUGGCCGAGAUGCUUGACCAUAUUGGCUUGUUGAGUGCUGGAAAUGAAGAGCUCAUCAGGUUUGCCUGGAAGACAUAUGCCAAGUGGGCUUCAAGAACGAAUGACGGCAGCAAGAAGGCUAAAGAGGAUGAAGCCAACCAAUAUGCUUUCAUGCGCGGAUUCAGAGAGACUUUCAGCAGGCCAGUUCGCAGGAUUCGAUUCAUGGGACUAUUCGACACGGUCAAUUCAGUUCCCCGGUUUGAAGCUGCUUGGAUGCAACGCAACAAGUUUCCAUACACUGCUCGGGCUUCUGCCAAAAUCAUCAGACACGCCGUCUCUAUUGACGAGCGAAGAGCCAAAUUCAGGCAAGAUCUCAUAGGUGAAGCCAAACCUCGAGCUGAAGACAAACAAGCUCCUGGUGUCCAUCGCUAUGGCUCCGACUUUCCUGACAUGAGGGAGAAAGUAGAAGACGAUGGGCGUCAGAUGCAUGCAUCCACCGAAGUUGCUCCGAGCCCCGAACCCAGCAUCAAAAUCUCCGAAGCCAGUCCUGCCGAGCCCAUCCGUACCGAGAAGACUGACGCUCACGCUUUCCGCCACAGGGCGUACUUGUCCACCCCGUUCCAAACCGGGCCACCAAGCUCUAACGAAAGCCUAGGCAUGCCCAUGCAGACUCCCAGCACAGAGAACUUGCCCGAAUGUGAAGAAUUCGCGCGAGCGGGUGCCAAACAAUUUCGACGGAAAUGGUCUGAGGCGACACGUUCGCAAGACAUCCAAGAGGUCUGGUUUGCUGGAGGGCAUGCUGACAUCGGAGGAGGCUGGCCGAAAGCCAUCGGCGAGAAAUGGAUGCUCAGCCACGCGCCUCUUGUAUGGAUGGUACACGAAGCAGAAAAGGCAGGUUUGCCACUUGAUCCAGUCAAAAUGGCUCGACUGAAUUGCAUUCCUCACAAAGUGAGCAAUACUGGUGAACGUUUGGAAGAUCCCGAAACCCAUCAGUCGUUCCUCCAAGCGCUGGAAGACAGCUGUAGCACUGGGGUGAUUCACGAUUGCUUGGAACGAGGAAAGGGAGGCUCAUGGGCAAAUGUGUUGCUAUGGAAGAUGAUGGAAUACCUGCCAUUUCGUAGAAUGGACCUACAAAAGAAUGGAAGCUGGAAACCUAUUCGUUGGCCGCUCCCGAUGGGAGAGCCCCGGGAUAUCCCAGCAGACGCGCAGAUCCACAACUCCGUAAUCAAACGUAUGCAAAUGGCCCCUGAGUACCGCCCUGGCAACCUCAUUGUUGGCGGUGGUGGAAGAGGUGUUCGAAGAGCACCAGAGAGAUACGGCAUGGGCGCAUGGGCCCCUUGCAAGUGGGAGGGGGACUGUAUCCGGCAGACCUUUGUCAGGCAAUCUCCACCAUCUCAGGAUUCGUCUGGGACACCAAGACACUCGAGAAUCGAGAAGUGAAGAGGUCCUGUCCUGGACGACUUAAUGAGUAUGGGAUACGGACAAGAUGGUUUGCAAUGCAGAGCUCGAAUCCGAGCAACGAUACUGUAGACUAAUGAUUCGAGGCGCCUCCUAAACCAAAGAUGUCCGACUAUGGCUGCGAAUCUGAAUUUACUGAGAUUGUGUAGGUAUGAGGUAAAACCUUAUGAUCGUAUACAACAAUCAAUGU